ACUUGAGGGCCAGUUUCAGCUGGCGUGUUGUCUUGGAGACGGCACCUCUAUAAAUACAGUCAGUAUCGAGACACAGACGUACACUUUUAGUUCAGACGGAGAGCGCUAUUCAGUUCUUUGAAAGAUUCGUCUGACAAGGGGAAAACCAAGUAAUUUUUUCCAGGAUUCUGGUCUAAUGGACACACUCUUUGUAAAUGCUUUUUAAGAAUAAUCGCUUUAGGAAAGCGCAGACUGGCUACUCUGCAGGCCCCGGCCUAGAGUGUUAUGUGAAAGGUUUCAACUUCACUGGUGAACCGCCUUGGCUGCUCUGCACCUGAUUAAACUACUUUGCCAAAUUCCAACUCUUUCUUGUCCAGUUUUCUUUUGUGACGAAUCUAAAAGUUAUUCUGCGACCAUGAACACUUUCGCUCCUGCCGAUUUUGCCUUCCUGGAGGAGGGCUUCUGUGCCCGUGACAUUGUUGAGCAGAAGAUCAAUGAGAUGUCCAUGUCGGAUGAUAAGGAUGCCUUCUACGUGUGCGACUUGAGUGACGUGCUGAAGAAGCACAUGCGAUGGGCGCGUGCCAUGCCUCGCGUAACGCCCUUCUAUGCUGUCAAAUGCAACGACAGCCGGACUGUUGUCACGACCUUGGCCUCCUUGGGCGCUGGCUUUGACUGUGCAAGCAAGACUGAGAUCCAGAUUGUUCAGUCUCUGGGUGUGGAUGCUAGCAGGAUUAUCUACGCCAACCCUUGCAAGCAGGUAUCCCAGAUCAAGUAUGCCUCUGCCCACGGAGUGCAGAUGAUGACCUUCGACAGCGACGUGGAGCUCAUGAAGGUGGCUCGGUGCCACGACAAUGCCAAACUAGUCCUGCGCAUUGCCACAGAUGAUUCCAAGGCUGUGUGCCAGCUCAGUGUCAAGUUUGGUGCCACCAUGAAGGCAUGCCGGGGUCUCCUGGAGAGGGCUAAGGAACUGGGCCUGGAUGUUAUCGGGGUCAGCUUCCACGUGGGGAGCGGCUGCACUGACCCAGACACCUACAGCCAGGCCAUCUCUGACGCCCGCUGUGUCUUUGACAUGGGGGCCGAGGUGGGUUUCAACAUGACCCUCCUGGACAUUGGUGGCGGUUUCCCUGGAUCUGAGGAUACCAAGCUCAAGUUUGAGGAGAUCACAGCAGUUAUCAACCCAGCACUGGACAAGUAUUUCCCUGCCGACUCUGGGAUCCGGAUCAUUGCUGAGCCAGGCCGCUACUACGUGGCCUCUGCCUACACCCUAGCUGUUAACGUCAUCGCAAAGAAGGUCAUCAUGAACGAGCAGUCUGCCUCUGACGAGGAUGACGAUUGGACCAGUGACCGGACUCUGAUGUACUAUGUGAACGAUGGCGUCUAUGGCUCCUUCAACUGUAUUCUAUAUGACCAUGCUCACCCCUUGCCUACCCUGCACAAGAAGCCAAAGCCAGAUGAGCGUAUGUACCCCUGCAGCAUCUGGGGACCAACCUGUGACGGCCUGGAUCGCAUCGCUGAGGUGUGCACUCUGCCGGACAUGCAAGUGGGAGAGUGGCUGCUGUUUGAGAAUAUGGGGGCCUACACCGUGGCUGCGUCCUCUACCUUCAACGGCUUCCAGAAGCCAGACAUCUACUACAUCAUGUCCCGCACAGCUUGGCAGUGCAUACAGCAGAUCUGUGCCCAGGGGAUGCCCACCCCUGUUGAGGAUGCGUCCUGUGUGACAUCCAGCUGUGGCCAUGAGAGCAGCCUGGAGCUGCCCGCCAAAUCUAGCCAGACCUGUGUGCUCUAAACACCAACAUAAUCUCAUACAUACCCACUGCCACUCUACCAGCCCAGCACCCUGUGUUUUUAUUAAUUUUCUAUUUAAUGUUGUUUUAAAAAAAAAAUAAUAAUUAAAGGCCAGUUACUUGACGGGAGAAUGA